CUGUCCUGAUUGAUCCCCUAAAAGCCCUAUCUAAUUCCAAACCUGUAACCAAACACAUAGAUUGCUUCUUCAAUUAAAAAAGUAAAGUUCGAGAAAACUAAGAAUUCAUAAAUCGAUUUUGAUCACGAUGAGAAGGGCUACUGGAUUCGUUACUCUUACCCGAACCCUCGCCGGCGGUGUCUCCUCCGCUCAGCAACGGGUGGCUCCAGCGGCAAUGAUGAGUACGUGCUCAAGUUCUAAUUCGUCUCAAAGAAUUUUCGACAGGUUUGGAAUAUCAAACCCCUUCGUUGCGCGCGGUAUCGCCGGGAUCAUGUUCUUCUCUGCUGCUGCUGCGUCGCCUUUUGCACAAGAGGUACACGCCAAGGAGCCACCACCGCGUGAGAAGUUUCUCCCUAACGACGUUAUUCUUUACCAGUACGCAGCUUGCCCUUUCUGUAACAAGGUUAAAGCAUUCUUGGAUUAUUACAAUAUUCCAUACAAAAUAGUGGAAGUCAAUCCUAUCAGUAAAAAGGAGAUCAAGUGGUCUGAUUACAAGAAGGUGCCUAUUCUUACAGUUGACGGAGAACAAAUGGUUGAUUCUUCAGAUAUAAUCAAUAAGCUGUUUGAAAGGAUUCAUACAGGCAACUCUAUCCCGGAUAGCGAUGAAGAAAGCAAGUGGCGUGGGUGGGUGGAUAAUCACUUAGUGCACGUUUUAUCACCAAACAUUUAUCGAAAUACUACUGAGGCUCUUGAGUCAUUUGACUACAUCACUACCCAUGGCAAUUUCAGCUUCACAGAGAGAUUAACAGCAAAGUACGCUGGAGCAGUAGCAAUGUACUUUGUGUCAAAAAAACUGAAGAAGAAAUAUAACAUCAUUGAUGAACGUGCAGCCUUGUAUGAUGCUGCAGAAACAUGGGUGGAUGCUUUGAAUGGUCGUGAUUUCCUUGGUGGCUCAAAACCUAAUUUGGCUGAUCUUGCUGUUUUUGGCGUUUUGAGGCCCAUCCGAUACUUGAAAUCUGGUAAAGAUAUGGUGGAGCACACACGUAUUGGUGAAUGGUACUCGCGAAUGGAACGUGAAGUUGGAGAACGUAAUGGAGUUGAGGCUUGAACUAGUAUGAGGGUUUUGUUGGUCGAGUCACAACAACAUGAUUCAACCUUCAGGUAUAAGGGAUUUAAUUUAAGAUAGGCCACCUAUCAAAUUUUAUUGAAUAAAUUCUGUAAACAUUACAUUUUUGGUAUGUGAAAGGAAUUAUAGCCUACUUAUGUCUUA